AUGAAAGUGGAAGAGGCUGAAGGCACUGUGAUGCCCCUGGAGAGCAUCCCACCUGCGGACCUUGCUCCAACGGAAAUCCUUCCUCCAGUCAAUCCCAAAUGGGAUCAGCAGGAUGCCCUCUGUGCGAAGCUAUUUGGGCCAUGGGAUAACCUGCCUUGCCACAACCACAUCAACGAGGGCCGGCUACUGCGAGACCUGGAUGAUACCAUAGUUCUCUUCGAGAUGCUGAUUUAUCACAGCGAUGCCGGCUUCCACGCCUGGCGAGAACGUCACAAGCAAGCCAUGGAAGCUGGACUAGCGGAGGUCCCCACGUAUCCAUACCUCCAGAAAAGGACUCGAGAUGGCGAGCGCAAAUGGAACAACGAUGUCUGGGAGCAGCGGUACUUUUAUCUCGUCUACCACCGCCAGCAGAUCAUCAUGGAACGACUCGCCCGACUGCCAGCGUUGCCUCGAUAUGCCCGAGAGGAUUUCUUUGGCUCAUUCCCCGCGCCUCACCGGGCGCUGCUCAACAAACGCGGCAAGGGACGGUACACGCGACCUCUCAAGCUGCGAUGCGACUGGUGGAGGUCGGUGGACUUUCUUUUGGAGAGAGCAUCUUUGAGAUGGGGGAUGGACGCAGCGGCGUUGAAGGCCACCUUUUGGGCGGACGAAUACACCUCGAGCAUCAAGAAACAAGCACCGGAAUGGGAGGGCCCAAUGAGGGAGGAGGAUCAGGCUGGGGUGGGCACUCGGAAGGAGAAGAUUGAGUCGCUUGAGGAUGCUGUUGGACUGGCUGCGAACCUGGUUUCUGGAGCGUUGUGCUUUGCCCGUGGUUGA